AUGUUCCGGAGUGCUGCGGUGGCCGUGAACGUAACGGAACUCCAGGGGCCGCCACCGCCGCCGUGCUCUAGCGUUGCCGCCUGGUGCCUGGAUGUCCUAAUCCUCGUCCUCCAGGAUGAGGUCCUGGAGGGAGGCCUCAAUAGCGGCCACAACUUUAUCAGCCUCCUGCCGGAGGGUUUCCUCCAGGAUGAGGUCCUGGAGGGAGGCCUCGAUAGCGGCCACGACUUUGUUAGCCUCCUGCCGGAGGGUUUCUUCCAGGAUGAGGUCCUGGAGGGAGGCCUCAAUAGCGGCCACAACUUUACCGGCCUCCUGCCGGAGGGUUUCCUCCAGGAUGAGGUCCUGGAGGGAGGCCUCAAUAGCGGCCACAACUUUAUCAGCCUCCUGCCGGAGGGUUUCCUCCAGGAUGAGGUCCUGGAGGGAGGCCUCAAUAGCGGCCACAACUUUAUCAGCCUCCUGCCGGAGGGUUUCCUCCAGGAUGAGGUCCUGGAGGGAGGCCUCGAUAGCGGCCACGACUUUGUCAGCCUCCUGGCGGAGGGUGACAAAGUCCAUCUCGAGAGGGCCGGCAAUGGGCUCCUCCCGUCGGUGUCCAGAAGACACCUUAGCCGCGACGUAAGAUCGAGCCCCGUCGCGGCGGGCUGCGGCGGCUCGGGCCUCAGCCACGCUCAAUGCCUGGUGAUCGGGCUGCACCUUAUGGAAGGAAACAGUGUGCAUCGUCAAUUUAUACUUCUUUGA